GGCGCCGACCGGCGAUGUCGGAGGCGAGUGGAAGCGGUGAUGUCUCCUCCUCGCGAAGCGCGGGCGCGGAGCGCGGCCGCCUCUCGCUGCCGUCCACCUCGGGCGACGGCGCCGUGCCUCAGCACAAUCAGCAACGGCUGUCGAGCCGCCCGCGCCCGCCGGCCUCCGGGGAGGAGGGAGAGGAGGAGCCGGAGGCGGCGGGCCAGCAGCCCAGGCGGCCGGAGAGCGCCGAGGGCGCCGGCGAUGAGCGCAGCAGGAGGAUGAUCCGGAACCAGUACCGGGAGCUCAUCUACAGCGUGCAGCAAAAUCGUGAGGAUAUGCUGAGUUCAAAAAGCAACAGACUGACAGAAGCUUUGGAAGAAGCCAAUAAACUGUUUAGUGGAGUUUCAUGUGCCCGAGAGGCUGCGCUGGAUGCCCAAUUUCUUGUCUUAGCAUCAAAUCUAGGAAAGGAGAAAGCCAAUGAGUUGCACUCUGAGAUGACAGCAUUUGAUUCACUAGCAUUUGCAGAAGACUUGCUAACCUUCAUGGGUAUAAAUCGCAUAGAAGUAGAAGAAAAUGAUAGUGAUUCUGAGGGCAUUUCAGGUGGCUAUUUACCUAGUAAUGCCUGGCAUAAACUGGGAGAAGAAACAGAAAUGUACUUCAGAAGAGCACCUUCUUUUCACUAUAUGUUGGGAUCUUUCAAGUCUGAUCCUCCUGUACCAAGGCAACGGAUUGAGAGGCAGAAAAAGACUACAGGAGGAGAAGAAAAACGGGCAAUGCCUGCUCAGUUAAAAAAAAUGGAGGAGUCUCAUCAGGAAGCUACAGAAAAAGAAGUAGAGAGGAUCUUGGGAUUAUUGCAAACUCAUUUUAAAAAUGAUCCUGAUACACCUAUUUCCUUCUUUGAUCUUGUGAUUGAUCCAAACUCUUUUGCCCGCACUGUGGAAAACAUCUUUCACGUGUCCUUCAUCAUAAGGGAUGGUUUUGCAAGAUUAAAGCUGGAUGAUGACAAAUUGCCAAUAAUAGAACCUUCAAAAGACAACGAGGGAAAGGAGGAUGACCAUAGUGCUGGAGCACGGAACCAGGUUGUCAUCUCUCUGAACCAUCAAGAAUGGAAGGAGAUUGUAGAAACAUAUGAAAUAACAGAACCCAUGAUUAGCCCUCCUUGUCACAGAAAUGAAGAUGAAAUGGAGAUAGCUUAAUUCUUCAAGUGCCUUAAAGAAAAUAUUUUAAAAUGUUUCCUUCAGAAAAGAUUUUAUAUGUAUAUAUUGUAAAAUUAAAUUUAUUUUUAUUGGAA